CCCUGCACAUCUUUGGAAAAUGCAGCUCACACGGGAACCUCGGUUCCCAGUACGGUUGUGUUUUCCAGUGCGGGCGGCGUGCCAUUAGAAGUAAUGGCUCCCACCCGCGGGUCCUCAUUUCUCAGUGCUGAUUUUCGUGCGGAUCCGCAGCGGCACCACCCACACAGAUGUGAAACCUAGGAGCAGGGGUAGGCAACCUGCGGCUCUCUAGCUGUUGAACUACAUUUCCCAUGAGGCAUUGCAGCAUUACAAAACUGACAGUUACAGCUAUGACUUGCAGAGGCAUGAUGGAACUUGUAGUUCUGCAACAGCUGGAGAGCCGCAGGUUGCCUACCCC